AUGUUUUGGGAGACUACCCUCGUCGCUGCAGCCCUGGCGGCCGUAGCCGAGGGAGCCCAGCCUGGAGCUCCAGCGCCGGUCGCCGCUCCAAUGCGUGAUCUGGAAUGGGGGCAAGUGAACUUCCUACACACGACAGACAUCCAUGGCUGGCUCGGUGGACACCUCCAAGAGGCGCUGUACUCUGCGGACUGGGGCGACUACAUAUCCUUCACCGAGCACAUGCGACAGAAGGCCAAUGAGCAGGGCGUAGAUUUACUAGUCAUAGACACGGGCGACCGGAUAGAAGGAAACGGCCUCUACGAUGGAUCCGACCCGAAGGGCAAAUAUUCCUACGAUAUCUUCCGGGAGCAAUCCGUAGACGCCGUGUGCACGGGGAACCACGAGUUAUACCAGAUAGACUCCGUCGCGCGCGAACACAACAUUACCGUUCCGAACUUCAAGAAAUCAUAUAUCGCGUCGAACCUCGACUAUAUAGAACCACAGACCGGCGACCAGAUACCCCAGGCGCAGCGAUACAUCAAGCUCAAGACGAAGAACCAGGGACUUAACGUUGUCGCGCUGGGAUUCCUGUUCAACUUCGAUCGGAACGCGAACAACAGUGUGGUGCAGCCCGUUGAGGAGACCCUAAAGGAGGAAUGGUUCAAGAACGCUAUCCGGGAGAAGCCUGACUUGUUUCUGGUCAUCGGCCAUGUCGGGCUUCGCAUGAAGGAGUUCGACCUGAUCUUCAGCGCCAUCAGGGACCAGAACUGGUACACUCCCAUCGCAUUCUUUGGUGGCCAUGCGCAUGUCCGAGAUGCGAAGAAGUACGACGACAAGGCUUUUGCGAUCGCCAGCGGCCGGUACCUGGAGACUAUUGGAUGGAUGUCGGUCGAUGGUAUCAAGAAGAGCAAGGAUGAAGUCUCGGCUGAAGCUUCUGUAUCGUUCAAGAGACGCUACAUCGACAAUAACCUCUUCGGGCUUCACUACCACACCGGCCUGAACGAGACGACCUUUCCUACUGAGCAUGGCCGCAACGUCAGCAAAAUGAUUAUGGAGGGCCGGAAGGCGCUGGACCUCGAUAACGCAUUCGGUUGUGCGCCGCAAGACCUCUGGAUGUCUCGAGCCGAAUAUCCAAGCAACGCCAGCAUCUUCACCUGGCUCGAGGAGCAGGUCAUGCCCGACGCUGUUGUCAACAAGGAGAGGGCGGAUAAGCCGCGACUGGCCAUCCUGAAUACCGGUGCCAUACGGUUCGACAUCUUCAAGGGCGCCUUCACCAAGGAUUCCACAUAUCUCAUUUCGCCCUUUGAGAGCAAGUUCAACUACAUCCCGGACGUGCCCUACGCCGUUGCCAGCAAGGUCCUGCACAUGCUCAACAACAGAGGGCAAGUCUUCGGGGGGUCGGGUCUGGAUACGAGAUACAUGACGAUUCCCGAGCAGAUGGCACCCCGCCCCUCUCUGUUCGAAGAGCCCGUCACGGCAGCAGACGAACCCCAGCUGCGCAUCUUUGGUGGGAGCGGAGACCAACAAAUCCCCCUCAGCAGCAGCAGCGGAGACGAUAAGGGGACCGGCAAAGAGCCAGAGCUGGUAGGCGGCUACACGACGAAAGACGACCUCGGCACCGACGGCGACGACGCCGUGCACUCGCCCAUCAGGUUCUUCGCGGUGCCCAACUGCGUCCAGUCCGAGGCCGCGUUCCCCGAGGACGGCGACCCUGACACGGUCGAUCUGGUCUUUAUCGACUACGUCCAGCCGUGGAUCAUCCCGGCGCUGAAGUUCAGCGGUGGUGAUUAUAGCACCAAUGAUGUAAGGGUGUACCUCAAUAGCACGCUGACGGAUGUGAUUGCGGGCUGGGUUAAGGAGCAUUGGGGUGAUGGCGACUGCUGA